AUUCAAUUUAUUUUCUCGUUCUUAGAACUUCAACAGGCUGAAACAGAUCAAAAUGUAGUCUAAUUUCUACAUAUCUUCAAGGUUGCUCCGCGGUGUAUAAGCCGAGAUCAAAGGCGUGACGUUCUCUCCAAUACAUGGUGGCUAUAUAUAAUAAUUAAUUAAGUUUUUAGGGUUAAUUUUCUUUUUAAAGUUAAAUGUAGUUUAAUCUGUGGGCCGUAGUAAAAUGUAGAAGAAUGUUGGUGGACUCGUGGGGAUAUGUGCUUUAAUAUGUAGUUUCUGAGUUGUAUAAAAAAGCAACAUGGAGAUAACAUCUAAACACAAUAUUACAAAUUUACAAAAAGCAGUUUAAAAUAUAUAUUUUUACUUAAAAAUCUCUCUGUUAAGUAGUCAAAGUUUGGAACUUGAACACCAUCAAAUUCAUCAAUCUUACUCCAAGUUGUCUAAAUCCCUCUCCCAUUCUAUCUCUAUAAUAACCAAUCUUUAUUCACCAAACAACUUAAGUUCAUACAUAUAUAUAUUAAUUCUCUCUGUCACAGAACGUAAGAAAAAACAACAACAUGAAGUUAUUCGGGUGGAUGCAAAACAAGCGAAAUGCGAAAUAUGAGAAUCAUAACAGAACAAGCACUUCCUCUGCUUCAUCUCAUCAUUUGAAGCAAGAGCCAAGGGAGGAGUUUAGCGACUGGCCCCACGCGCUGCUUGCUAUUGGAACUUUUGGUUCAACAAGCAACGGUGUGAGUGACACCAAAAGCAAGAAUGUUCAUGAAGAGAUCGAAGAAGAGAAGGAGGCUAUCUCUCAACCCGAGCAAGAAGAAGAGCCUUCUUCCUCUGAUGAUAUUGAUGAUUUUACUCCCGAGGAGGUGGGGAAGUUGCAGAAGGAGUUGAUAAAGCUCUUGUCAAGAACUAAGAAAAGGAAGUCUGAUGUGAAUAGAGAGCUCAUGAAAAAUCUUCCAUUGGAUAGAUUCUUGAAUUGUCCAUCGAGUUUAGAGGUCGAGAGGCGAAUCAGCAAUGCGCUAUGCGCUGUUGUGGAUUCAUCUGAAGGGAAUAAGGAUGAAGAUAUGGAACGAACGAUUAACGCUAUAUUAGGCAGAUGCAAAGAGAUAUCUAUAGAAAGUAAGAAGAAGACAGACAUAAGCAAGAAGUCUUUCUCAUAUCUUUUCAAGAAGAUCUUUGUUUGCUCAGAUGGAAUUUCUACGUCACCAAGCCCUAGCUUGAGAGACACGCUUCAAGAAUCGAGAAUGGAGAAGUUGUUGAAGAUGAUGCUACAUAAGAAAAUUAAUUCUCAAGCCUCCUCAAAGCCAGCAUCAUCUACAACAAAGAGAUACUUGGAAGACAAGAAACAGCUCUCUUUGAAGAGUGAAGAAGAAGAAACCAACGAGAGAAGAAGCAGUAGUGAGGGACAUAAAUGGGUCAAAACAGAUUCUGACUGUGAGUUUUCAUCAAAUACUCAUUAACUUUACUAAAAUUCAAAAAGAAACAAGAGCUGACUCGAUCUUCUUUUGCUUACAGUCAUAGUUCUUGAGAUCUGAUGGUCCUUCAAGCUCUUGGAAUAACCUAUCAAUAACAAAGGUAACUAAGACAACACAAGUGAAUCUCUUAAGCUUUUUGUGUUUCUCUUUCCUAAAACUUACGUGAGAUACUCGGUUUUAUCAACUAUGCAGAUUCAACUCUCUUCGAGAAAAUUCAAAAAGAAAUAAUGAAAACGGUUUUCUUAUUUCGGAGGAAAAUUUUGGAGCAUCAGCACAUGUAUACCUUCUUGUUUUUUUGCAUGAUUUGUUCUGUGGCCAAUUGGGUCCAUUGAACCAAACAUGUUCUUGAGACAUACAUACAUGUGUAUGGGAAUGCAUGGACACAUACAUGUGCCUACGUGAUCAUUUGUGUAAUUUUAAGGUGGAUAACCUUAGCUUAUAAAGAUUAGUACUGCUUCUUCAUUAUUACAUUCUUUCUGCAUUUGAUUUAGUUAUUUUGUAAAAGACAAGUAAGAUCUUGAAAUGAAUAAUAAUACUUGUUCUAGUUUAACCAACUCAAACAAUUAGACUCUUAGAUCAUUCUGUCCCAAUUUCUAACCCAUAUACCACUACUUGGUUGAGUUAAUUAAUCAAACAAUUUAUAUUAAAAUAAAAUCAUAAAGCCAACUACAUCUAACUAAUUAAAACAAGUUAAACUGAGUUUUGUUUUUAUUCAACUAGUUCAUCAAAAAAAAAUUACGCUGAUUAAUUAUGUUAUUAUAAACUAUAAGAAACACUACAAAACCUAUUUUAAAGCCGACAAUUCUAUAAUCCACAUGUUCCUAAAUAUAAGAUGUUUAGGUAGAAGCACACAUAUUAAGAAAAUUAUUUUUUGUCUAGAAAGUAUCAUUAAAACUACAAAUUAAUGGUAUUCAACCAAUUACAAAAUAGACUAUUAAAAUAUGAUUGAGUAUACAGUUUUUAAUAAAGUAAAAGUUACAUAGAAAAAUAAAAACAUUUUAUAUAUUGAAACAUCAAAAUUCUGUAAAACAUCUUAC